AUGAAUUGUCCAGCACUUAUUAAGUUAAGACCAUCAGCCGAUGGAACAAAACUGGUAGUCACUGAGAUGUCUGAGGAGCACAACCAUGAAGUGAAUAAGGUAUGUACAGGGCCGCCGAGAGGUUGGCGGGGGCCCGGGGCAAUUUUUUUUUGCGGAGAACAACCCACCCCCCUCCCCCAUCGACAACUUUUUAGGUUAAAAAUUUUUCCGGACGAGUACGUUGCAACUACUUUCCAGGGACUUUAUCUCAAUUUUUCAUGCCAAAUUUUGGUACUUAGCCCGAAAACACAGAUAUCUUGUCCUUUGCGCGGAAAUAUUUAACACACAGAAAAGACUGGGGCCCAACAAAAAAUUUUCAGGGGCCCGGGGCAAUUUGCCCCCCCCCCUCGGCGGCCCUGGGUAUGUAUAUAUUAGAUGUAAGUACAAGUCGCUGUCGUCCAUUCAAGUUAAACCCUAGUUUUAGUUUAGGAAAUGGUUUGGACAACAUAUUUUUAAAUAAAAAAUCGAACAAUUUUAUCAAUUUGUGAAGCAAUAUUUCAUUAUGUUCUUUAGAAGUCCUUUGAACAUCUUCCAACGCAAAGACGAGUGGAAGGGGAAACCAAAGAAGAUGUUAAAAGAAUGUUGGAAAUGAAAGCUAACAAGAAGUUGAUACAGCAACAUAUCCUACACUCAACUGGGAAGUCCAUGACACUCAAGGAUAUACACAACAUGGUGGAAAGAAAGGAUGGUAAUCUAACUGAAUUAAUAGAAGAUAUGAAAAGUCAACCUGGUAAGCGUACGGUGGUUUUGUUACAAACUGUAUUAGGUAAUUCCAGAAAACAUCCCCAUCCUAGUACAUUUCACUGUUAUCGGGAAAAGAUUCUACACCUGGACAGCAUAAACUUCCUCUGUGGGGUCGAAUCGUUUUCUUGAUGCUAUUAGCCGAGCCAGUUACAGUAGUCAAGUUACAAAGGUUUUUGUAUAUGUAACAGUGAUAAUUUGACUCUACAGUAUAUUAAUUAUACAGUAUUAAAUGUUCUGUAAUUUGCUUGUAUAGGUGGAAAAGUGGAAUUGUACGUUGAUGAAGAAAAAAACUUUAAAGGUCUCUUCUAUCAGGAUGAAGAAAUGAGAUGGAUAUUUGAUGCCUUUCCCGAAAUUUUACUGAUCGACGCCACAUAUAAAUUGAACAAUCUACGAUUACCAUUAUAUGUGAUGCUUGCUGUCGAUGGAAACGGUGAAAGUGAAAUCGUUGGGCUUAUGCUAUUGGCGGAUGAGCAAGCCGAUACGAUUCGGAAAAUGAUUAGACUGUUUAAAAAACAUAACGCAGCCUGGGAGAAGAUUAACUGUGUCAUGGCUGACAAGGACAUGACAGAACGGAAAGUCAUAAAAGAAGAGAUUCAACAAGCCGGAUUGCUCAUCUGUUUGUUCCACACAAUGCGCUCAUUCAAAAGGGAAAUUACCACCGAGAAAAUGGGAAUUUCUGUGGACGAACGGCUCCAAGUGCUUGAGAUUAUCCAAUCUAUGGCAUAUGCACCAACCGAAGAAGUCUACCAAGAUCUGUACGCCCAGCUCAUGGACACUAGGUUUAGUGCUGUUAAGGUAUAUUUUAUCGAGAACUGGCACUCGAUACGAGAUGAAUGGGUAGAAGGGAACAAGAAAAAAUUUAGCAAUUUUUUAAACUCGACAAAUAACCACCUGGAGAGUAUCAACCAAAAACUAAAGUCGGUAAUUACAAAACAUUCGUGUCUUUUGGACUUCCACCGUGAUUUGCAACACUGUAUUGCGUCAUUACGUCAGGAAAGAGACCACCGAGCUGCUAUGAUAUUUCAAAAACGACCGGUUGAUUUGAAUGAAUUUGAAUCUAAUGAACGUUUGUUCUACGAACAAUGCACCCCGUAUGCUUUCUCUCAAGUGAGAAAACAACUCAGCCUUGUUCCAAAGGUGGGAAAAUUUACCGAGCAGCCAUGUGGUGUCCACACUGUCACCACCAGUACAGGUGAUCAUUCCGUGACACCAAACAUUGUGUCAAUGUAGCUUUGCAACAUCAAUGAAGUUGCCUUGCCGUCACAUGCUAGCCCUUAGAGGUAGUCUGGGACUACAGUUAUUUAGCCCUGAUCUCUGCGACAAAAGAUGGACAAAGUCGUACUUUUAUAAUUCUCAUCGGGUGUUUCGCCUCGGUGUGGAAGCAAUCGAUGAACAUAACAACACACAUCAUUCUGAUGACUUUAUUUCUGUAACCAUUGAAGAAUCGAGGCCAGCGGGGAAAAAGAUUUUAUCGCAACACGAGAAGUAUAGAAAAGCCUUUUCCAUUGCUCAAAAAAUCGCAACUUCUUGCAUGCCUUAAAAAGUUAUUGGGUUCAUGGCAAGAAAGUGAGGAGGUUAAAAUAGAAAUAAGUCAAGAAAAGAACGAACCUUCGAUUCAUGAGUUUAAAGAGAUCCUAAUCGAAAGCAAGCCCCCUGAAUGUACGCAAAUUGAGACUGAAUCUGACCAACAUAUGCCCCAAGAUAAGGAAAUUGGGUGCGAAUCUAGUCAACGUAUACCUUGAGAUAAAGCAGAAGGUAAUAAUAGUAAUAACUAAUAUCAUGGGCGGAUUUACUGGGGGGGAGUUAGGGGGGUUAACCCCCCCCUUAGAAUCUCUCUAACUUCUCUUAUAAUGUUUUCAACCCCACCAAAAUUUCGCUUCACCCCUCCUAUUUUGUGUGAAAAUCUUUAACCCUAAUGCCUAACCCCUGUAAAAAGCUCGCUCAGCGGUAGCGCUUGCACCCCACUAGAAAUUUUUGCACCCCUCCUUUAAAAAAAAUGAAAAUUCGCUCUUAUACUGUUAAUUUGUUGUAUUUACUGUUAAUAUUGUUAAUUCGUUGUAUUUUACUUUCGACAAAAAAACAAGGGUUAUUGUUUCAAACGCCAUUAUAUUACUACCAAUGCCUUCCUUGAUUUAUAUUAUGCAUACCAGUAUAAAAUGUUACCCUAUUUGAUUAAUAAAUGCAAUGACGCUAAUCAUAUACCGUAUUACCGUUUUCAACGUUUAUCUUUCACUACUUGCAGUCGACGUUGUUAAGGAAGUCAAACUGCCACCAAAGAUGAAAGUUCGGGGAAGGCCCAAAGGGGCAGAUAUGACAGCAAUUGGGCUUCCAAAAAGACGAAAGCUCAAUAGUAAAAGACCAACUUUGUUCAUCAACAAAUCUCCAACAGAUAAGGCAGAAUGUGAGUAUCAUAUGUACUAUUUAAAGCACGCGUAGGAGUGUUUUAUCACAUAUAAAACAUGACGCGUAGCGGAGUGUUUUAUAUGUGAUAAAACACGACUACAAAUGCUUUAAAUGGCUUCAAAAACGACUCAUCUUAUUCAAGUUCAUUGGCGAAGUAAUUUUUAAAAUAAACUUUGUCUAAACCGAGAAAAUCAAAGCUAAAGUUCAUGUAAAUUAACAUGAUUUUUUAUCACUUACAAAACCACGACACGCUUAUGAUUUUUCUUUGUGUUUUCCUCCUGAAUUAUUAAUGAGUUUUUGAAAGUCUUAUAAGAUGAGCAAACUAAGCCAGACUAUUAUUCACAUAAUUUUAUUCUCAGUUUUGAUUGGCUAAUUUUCCUGUAAACUACUGUGAAUAAUAAAUACGUCGGCUGCAAAAAAAAUGCCCGAGGUCUUGAAAAAGUAUUACUAAGUAUUGUUAGUAUUAUUAUUAAGUACCUCUAUUUUGUCUUUCAGUUAUUUUAGGAAUGGUGACAUCACAGAAGGUCAUUAGUAAAGCAUUGUCUGAUGAUUAUCUUAUUGAAGCAUGUGACAUAUUCCAAUUGGAAAAAAUCCCAAAGAAAAUCGUUGAUGAGAUAGUUAACGUUUACCGAGUCAAAAAGUACUUCUCAACUGACGGUUGGAAUACUAUGAGUCAUCUAUUAGAGAAGAUAGCAAAUGAAGUGGGCUGGCACUGCAAAACCUGCUUGCGGGAAUUGAACGAGAAACAAGAGCAAAUAGGCUGUGACGUUUGCCUUGAAUGGUUCCAUUUGACGUGCACUGGGAAAUCUGUACCACCAAAAACAAAGUCCUGGAUUUGUAGGAGCUGUUGUAGAGACUAUGAAAACACUUAA